AUGGCAGCAGCGGCAAAGGAAGGAGGCAUUGUGAAGAAAGGGCACGAAGAGGGGAUGAAAAUGGCGACAUCUCUGCUCCAAGAAUUCGAGCUCCCCAUGGGACUUCUCCCUCUGGCCGACGUGGUCGAAGUAGGGUACGUGAAGGAGACAGGGUACAUGUGGAUUGUGCAGAAGAAGAAGGUGGAGCACGAGUUCAAGCUUAUAAGCAAGCUGGUGAGCUAUGACACUGAGAUCACCGGCCGGAUUGAGAAGAAGAGGAUCAAGAAGCUCAAGGGAGUCAAGGCUAAGGAGCUCAUGCUGUGGCCUCCGGUCAGUGAAAUCACGGUUGAUGAUCCGCCCACGGGAAAGAUCCACUUCAAGAGUCUCGCCGGAAUCACCAAGACUUUCCCGGUUGAGGCGUUCGCCGCCGGCCAGUAA